GAGACGAGUUUCAGCAGUCAGUGCAUUGUGACUCGUUGGAGGGUGAGCACCUAAGCAAUUUGGGCAAAAUGACAUUAUUUGUGUUUUAUUCUGUACUUCAUAGUGUGCUGUGGGCAUCGUCGUAUGCCGCUGGAUAUGUCGAGAGUGGCGUGUCCGCUGGCGAGGCCGGGCCCAGGUUCGAGCCCCAGGUUGCCAUGGUAUGUGCGGGCCGCAACCACCAGUACCACGCUCAGUACAUGACCCAGACCGGACGAUGGGUCACCGACGCCAACUCAAAGGUUACUUGUCUCAAGGACAAGGUGGAUAUCCUCCGCUACUGCAAGCAGGUGUACCCAGAGCGUGACAUCACCAACAUUGUUGAAUCUUCACAUUACUACAAAGUGCCCAAUUUUUGUCGUGUUGGUCACGCCAAGUGCAAAGCAGCAGCUUGGGUCAAGCCUUACCGCUGCCUGGAAGGAUCAUUCCAGUCUGAUGCUUUGCUGGUACCUGAAGGUUGUCUCUUUGAUCACAUCCACAACCAGUCACGCUGCUGGGAGUUUGAUCGGUGGAACACCACUGCGGACCGAGCAUGUGGUGCUCGCAGAAUGACCCUCAAGUCCUUUGCCAUGCUUCUUCCCUGUGGUAUUGAUGUUUUCUCUGGUGUGGAAUUUGUGUGCUGCCCAAAGAAUUACAAGAGUCAUGGGAAGGCCCGACCGAUGGAGGUGGAGGAACCAGUUGCUCUCCCACAGAUGGACCAUCGUGCCCAACAGGCCAUUUCUGCUACUCCCACACCCAAGAUGGCCACCACAACAACUUCCCAGGAGGUUGGUACACGAGAUGAGUACUUCAGUCGGUUUGACCCCCAUGAGGAGCAUGAUGCAUUCCGUCGUGCUGAACAGAGGCUAGAAGAACGUCAUCGUGAAAAGGUGUCCAAGAUUAUGAAGGAAUGGUCAGAUCUUGAGGAGCGUUACCAAGACCUUCGUGCUAAGGAUCCUCAUGGUGCGGAGGAGUUCAAGCAUCGCAUGACUCAACGAUUCCAGCAAACAGUUGAAGCAGUGGAAGCUGAGAAUGAGGCUGAACGACACCAACUGACUGCUCUUCAUCAGCAGCGGAUUGUAGCGCACAUCAACGAGAUGAAGCGAGAAGCCAUGACUUGUUAUACUCGUGCUCUAGCUGAAAAGCAACCAAAUACUCACCGGGUGCAAAAGUGUCUGCAGAAAUUGCUACGUGCUCUUAACAAGGACCGUCAUCACACCGUUUCACACUACAAGCACUUGCUCAACUCAGACUAUGAGGCUGCCGACCGUGAGCGAGAUUCUACUUUGCAACACCUCAGUGACUUGGAGCGUAUGGUCAACCAGUCUCUCAAUAUGUUGGCAAGACACCCAGACCUCAAUGCUAAAAUUGGACGUUUGAUGCGUGAGUAUUCAGCAGCUCUUCGCAGCAAGUAUUCAACUCCUCCUGAGCUGUCUACUCGUUCUCCAAAGCCCAUUACUAGUGAUGCUAAGAGUGAGGAGGAACAAGUUCCAGAGGACAACAGUGCUGAGGUUGGAGAGGACAACAAUGAUGAUGAUAAGGAUGCCAUUGAUGGUACAGAUAAUGAUAAUGAGGACUCCCAUGAUGUUGCAGAUGAUGAUGACGACGAUGAGGACUACUCUGACUCUGGGGUGACUUACCCUGUGCAGGGCGUUAAAGGAAGUAUGACACAACCCAGCCAAAAUCAGGAAUUGGAAAGUGAAUCAGUUAGUCAGGAACCUGUUGAGUUGGACACACCUACAGUGGACUCGAGUAUGAGGGUGGCAUCCCCAGUGCCUAAUGCUUCCUCUCGUCCCAGAACCAGUGUUGCUCCACCAUGCCUGAUGAUGCUACAGGUUGCACAUGCUCAACACCACCAAAUUUCACAUUCACAGGCUAGCUACAGUGUGACGCGCGAGUCAUCAGGAAGUGAGAGCCGUGGUGUGUACUUUACUCUAGCUUUUGCUGGUGUUGCACUGAUGAUGGCCAUGGUAGUUGGUAUUGUUGUUCUUCGGCGUAGGAACAGCACCAACCCCCACAAUCAAGGAUUUAUGGAAGUGGACCAGGCCAUCACUCCAGAAGAGAGGCAUGUAGCUAAUAUGCAGGUCAAUGGUUAUGAAAACCCCACUUAUAAAUAUUUUGAAGAAAAAUAAACAAGCGAACAAGGGGCAUUUAUACAUCCCAUAUAAAUAAGAGGGGAACCAUUCGUCCGUUUUCCCAACAUCAGACACCUGUUGACUGAGAGCAUUAAUUAUAGACUGAGAACUUACAAGUGACCCCAAACUAGGUUGCUUUAAGGGUCAUUUACAUAAGAAAUGGUAAAUGGAGAUAUUGGGUAAGUGGUAGCAAAGCUAAGCUCACAGGUGCUGAUGGUAUGCAUUGUGAUUUCAGAAUCAUCAGUUGUCAAUACAGUCAAUGAAUUUAAGGAAAUAAAUUGGCUAUGUAUAAUUACAAGCUUGAUUAUCAAGACUGAUACAAUCCAGAGAGACCUCUCAUUUAUUACACAACAUAAUAAACAGUGAAUAUCUGGAUUUUAUAUAUAAAGUAUUGAUUUGCAGUGUGUUAAUAUUUUAUGCUCUUAAGUAAGCAAAUGUCUUUAAAUUUUAACUUUUUAUAACAUUCCAUGGAAUUGGCAAAUUUUGAUUCUGAGGUGCACAGUUGUGAAAGUCAUGUGAAACUCAAGCCUUAAGUCAUUGGUUUUUAGUCACCAAUAUUGCACUUAUCCAGGAUCAGUAAACUUGAAUCUAUUUUUUUUAUAUAAUUUAAUGCUUUAUGUAGAUAUUAGAUACAAAAUCAGCAUUAAAAGACAAUAUGUGAAGAUGCUGGUUCCCUGUAUCUUGGAUAAGAGAAGUAUUGGUAUUAUACUUCAGUGUAGAUGAUGUAUCAUGUCCAACAUACAUAGAAUUAACAAUAAUUUGUUAUCAUAGAAAAACUAAAUAGGUUUUAUCAUGCUUUUAUCAUAGACUAACUUUCUGGAAAGUUAUUGGCCACUGCAGUUGUAAAUUAUCAUAAAAACUGUAACAAAGUUAGGUGUACUGGAUAUAGGAUGUGUUCCAUUUGGCUGCACUUGCGUAUGUUGUAUCUUAUAUAUACUCUGGUGUGGUAUUAGGUGCAAGUUUACACUUACGAUGCCAGUUAUCUUUUUUGCUUAUGUAAAUUAGGACUGUCAAUAAAUUUUCUAUGCUAAUUAAUCACCAAUGACUUUAGUGCACCGGAGUUGUAUAAAUGACAAUGGAGCAGUCUUGGGGCACCAUCUGAAGCCCAGAAUUCCUGAUGGCGUUACUUAUAACGGGUUGGUUGCUUAGCGAUAGGGAUCCUUUUUGGGAGCCUCUUGAACUUGGCACCAAGAAUUAAGUGGUCUCUCACACAUUAUUUUUAUGCAGUCAGCUAUCUUUUUUUUUUCUCAUUGAUAGGACAAAAUUAUAUUUUUGUCAUUUCCCUCUCAUCAAGGUGCCGUUUAGACAUUUUUUUUUAUUUUAUCAAUCCCAAGGUAGAUCUCUAGAUCUGUAAAUUUUUUUACAUAUACAUAUAUAUAAAUAUAUAUAUAAAUAUAUUUUUGAUCCAUUAUUUACUUUUAAAUAUUGUUAUUUGUCUUCUAAUUGAUCAUCAUGACAAAAAUUUAAGCUCCAAUGAAUUGCAGAUGUCACUAAGAGUUGGUUUUACAUGUAGAGUGAGGAAUUUUUAAGUUAACAUAAAUGAACUUGUACUUUAUACCUCUCAUCAACUCCAUAUUUAUGAAGGUAAAUAUCUAGUGCACUAUUGUAAUUGUAUAAGGCUAUAUUUCGUGGAAUGUGAAAAAGUUUGAAACAAAUUUAAAUUGGGUUAUUACCUUUCAUGGUAAUGGCCUUUAUCAGUGGAGGACACAAAUAUCCAAUUAUAGUACUUUUUUCCGUAUGUCUGUACGUACAUGUAAGUGUUGCCGUACGUACACGUAAGUGUUGCUGCUUGCCUUCAGUAAGCUGUUGCGGAAAUAGACAGGUUUCCCUAACACAAUCUUCUGCUCAUACUUUACGUGUAAGUUGAGUCUUGGUACUGGUUGUAGAGAGGUUUGGUAUCAACACAGUCAAAUAAUGAAGCCUUUGUACUGUUAUACAUUAAGCUGGAAACAGAUGGCCAGGUCAUGCAAGGUAAAACCCUGCAGACGUGGGGAAACCACUGAGUGACUGCCGCAGAUACAAGACAACUUGACGUCUCACUAUAUAUAAAAUUGCAUACCUCUGAUGCCAUUUCUUAAUUGUUUUCAAUUAGCCAUUCCUUUUUGUAAAACUUAGUGUAUCAAGAGCUAAAGAUUCGUGCAUCAUUCCUUAUUUGUUCCCCAGACUCUGUUCUAUAGUAUAUAUGCUAUAGUUUGUUGUUUAAUUAUAUAGGAGCAGUACAUAAAAGCUAACUUACCCUACCACUCACAGCAUAUACCUUAGAUAUAUAUUGAGCAUGUACAUAUGAGUGGUGCAGGGUUUUGUGUCGUAUAAUAGAGUUGUAUCAUUUUAUACUACGUGACUUUUCUGUAGUUCCAGUUUCUCGUCAUGGCGCAGGGUCUCCCACAGCAGUUCAUUUUAUCAUGAAAUUUUAUUUUGUGCCAUUAAAAAGAAUCAAUUUCUUUGCUCGGGUUUAAUCAUAGCUUAAUUUCCUUUGAGGGGAUCGGAUUUAUUUUUAUCAAAGGAAAUCUUACUUUGUGGAUUUCAUCAGUUUUAAUCCAUGGACCAUGUCUUAGCAUAUUCCUAUUGCUAUAAUUUGCUCAUUGCCAAGGAGAUAUCAUCAUAGUAGGACUUACUUGCUAGGCUGUAAAAUGGAGUCACAAUUAGAUCUAGUAAGUAUUGACAUUUAUCGUGAAUGAAAGUGCUUCUUCUUGUGGAAGUCAGGUGUGCAAAAGCCUAAGAGUAGCUACUGCUACCAGGUAUUUCGAGUGUCAGGUCGUGUUCCAUGCAUGUAGGGGCAUUGGUUUUAGAUAACAUUUUGAAAAAUAUCCUUUUAAGAUAUUUUGUCACAAAAUUUUUAAGGUUAUGUGCUCAUUGGUGUACCACAGAGCUUAAACCUUAAAAAUACUUAAAAAUGAAGAGUGAUAAAAGUUAAAACUAUUGAAAAGUCUCCUCUCAUAUUGUGGAAUGCGUCUUUAGUGUUCUCUAACCACUGUAGCUUAAGAGUCUGUAUGUCUCACACACUAGCAGGUUAAGUGACUUCUUUCUCACUCUCAUCUCCCUGGUUUAUUAUAGAAAAGGUUAAAAAGGCAGCUAUUUAUGAUCUUUGAUGUGUUUGCAUAUAGUGCUCGGAAUUCAUGUAUCUAAUUCAAUUGUACUUUUGUGUAAUUUAGAACGUGUUAUACCAUGGGAGCUGAGAUUAUACUUGAUCUGAAAUAAAUGUACCAAAAAAAAGGUAA